AUGGCUGACUAUAUCAAGACAUUUCAAGACGAACUAAAAACUUUGGACACCAAGCUUGCUGGUAACAGUGCCUUUGAGCAAUUUGAAGCCAAAACGAAGCUCCCCAAGUCCUACGGUGUCUUGGGUGGUGCUUCGCUGUAUUUACUUUUGAUUUUCAUCAACGUUGGAGGCAUCGGCGAGAUUUUGGCCAAUUUCGCCGGUUUUGCUCUACCCGCAUAUUAUUCGCUAAUUGCGCUCAAAACUACAGACAAAAAUGACGACACUGAACUAUUGACUUACUGGGUCGUUUUUGCUUUCUUGAGUGUCGUGGAAUUCUGGUCUAAGGCCAUCUUGUACUGGAUUCCUUUCUACUGGUUCAUGAAAACCGUUGUUCUUCUAUACCUAGCUUUACCUCAAACUAAGGGUGCCAGCUAUGUGUACAAUAUGAUUUUGAUGCCUUUGAGCGACAAAUACAUCAAGAUUCAUCCCUCCAAGACCGAUGAGAUUGGCUCUAAGAUGGAGAAUUUGGCACCAAAGGGCAAGACCACCGGAUUUUCCACUCACGGAAUUUGA